UCGGGCGAUCUGGGCUGCCCAGCGGCCUCGCAGCGCCGCCAGGGAACCGUGUACGGUUCCUUGAGUCUUUAGGGAGUCGAGGCUGUCGCCGUGGCCCCCAGGCGCCGCUCCUGGGCACUGGGAGCUGGUCGGUGCUUGGCCUGGUGUUCUUUGGGUACCCAGCCAGUCGUUGACCGGCCUUGGGUUCUGUUGAAUGAACGCUUGAAACUGGAAGCGAGUGGAAUCCAGAAGCUCGGAUGCAGCCGCGCGAAUCAGCCGACGAAGAGGAUGUUUUUGCUGGUCUAGUCUCAGAAAUUAUAUCUUCAGUCUCUGCAUUGAUUCCCUUCCGAGUCCAAGGGUGCCCAGUUGCCUCCAGGCCUCAGACUUCUAUGUGAACAAGAAAAGCUCACUGAGGAAAUGGUAAUUCUUCAGUUGCUCCCUGAGAUGUCAUGUCCAGUUGCAGUCUAUGGAGACUCAGUUCACUUCUGAGUCUUAAGAACACCUGUCAGAUGGUGUGACUAAGGCCAGUGUUGGAGAGAUGGCUUCUAAGGAGAAAAUUACAGCAAAAAUUGAACCAUUGACUGAAGAGUCUGGCAACCCCAGAAAUGAUGUUCUCCAGGAUUCUGAAUGCAGAGAAUUCUUUGAACUUGGGGAUAAAUUCAAUGAAAAGGAUCAGAACCUCUUUAAAAGAAGACAGCACAACUGUGAUGAAUGUGGGCAAAGCUUUGCUUGUAGUACAGGCCUUAUUAGGCAUCGAAGAACCCACUGGGAGAAACCCUAUGAAUGUGAUCAGUGUGGAAAGGCCUUUAAUGUGAGCUCAGCCCUGGUUCUGCAUCAGAGAAUUCAUACUGGGGAGAAACCCUAUCCUUGUAAUUGGUGCAUUAAAAGUUUCAGUCGGAGCUCAGACCUUAUUAAACAUCAAAGAGUCCACACUGGUGAGAAACCUUACAAAUGUGAUGAAUGUGGGAAAGCCUUCAGUCAGAGCUCUGAUCUUAUUAUACAUCAGAGAAUCCAUACAGGAGAAAAACCCUAUCAAUGCUGUCACUGUAGUAAAAGUUUUAGCCAGCGCUCAGACCUGGUUAAACAUCAGAGAAUCCAUACUGGAGAGAAGCCUUAUACAUGUAGCCAGUGUAACAAACAUUUUAGUCAGAGUUCUGAUGUUAUAAAACAUCAAAGAAUCCACACUGGUGAGAAACCAUAUAAGUGCGAUGUGUGUGGAAAAGCCUUCAGUCAGAGCUCAGAUCUUAUUCUACAUCAGAGAAUCCACACUGGAGAGAAACCAUAUCCAUGUAAUCAGUGUAACAAAAGUUUCAGUCAGAACUCAGACCUUAUUAAACAUCGAAGGAUCCACACUGGAGAGAAACCCUAUAAAUGUAAUGAAUGUGGAAAAGCUUUUAAUCAGAGCUCAGUUCUUAUUUUGCAUCAGAGAAUUCACACUGGAGAGAAACCCUAUCCAUGUAAUCAGUGUAGCAAAACCUUCAGUAGACUUUCAGAUCUUAUUAAUCAUCAACGAAUUCACACUGGAGAGAAGCCUUACCCCUGUAACCAGUGCAGUAAAAUGUUUAGUCGAAGAUCGGACCUUAUUAAACAUUAUAGAAUUCAUACAGGUGAGAAACCCUAUGAGUGUGAUGAGUGUGGGAAAACCUUUAGUCAAAGCUCAAAUCUCAUUCUGCAUCAGAGAAUCCACACUGGCGAGAAACCCUAUCCGUGUAGUGAUUGUACUAAAAGUUUUAGUCGUCGUUCAGACCUUGUGAAACAUCAAAGAAUACACACUGGAGAGAAACCAUACACAUGUGAUCAGUGCAAUAAAAGUUUUAGUCAAAGCUCAGACCUCACUAAACAUCAGAGAGUACACUCUGGAGAAAAACCCUAUCAUUGUGAUUGUUGUGAGAAAGCUUUCAGUCAGAGUUCUGACCUUAUUCUUCAUCAGAGAAUUCACACUGGAGAAAAACCAUAUCCGUGCACACAGUGCAGCAAAAGUUUCAGUCAGAACUCAGACCUUAUCAAGCACCAGAGGAUCCACACUGGGGAAAAACCAUAUAAAUGUAAUGAGUGUGGGAAGGCGUUCAGUCAGUGUUCAGCUCUUGUCCUACAUCAGAGGAUCCAUACUGGGGAGAAACCAUACCCAUGUGAUCAGUGUGGCAAAGGCUUUAGUCGGAGCUCUGAUGUCAUUAACCAUCAAAGAAUCCACACGAAUGAAAAUCCAUAUAAAUGUGAUGUGUGUAGAAAAGCCUUCAGCACAUGCACUGAUCUUACUGAACACCAGAGAAUCCACACGAGAAAGAAACCCCACAGGUGCGUUCAGUGCAGUAGAAGUUUUAGCCGGCUCUCUGAUCUUAAUCAUCAUGAGAAAAUUCAUUCUGGGGAAGACACUUUGAAUGUGGGAAAACCUUUAGUGUAUACCCCAACUUUAUUCAGUACUAGAGAUGCUCUGCCAGAAAAAAAUCUUAGGAAUGCUAUUGAUUAUGAGAAAGGUUUUAAUCAAUGUUCAGCUCUCAUGCUACAUUAAACACACACACAAGAGAGAAAAAACAAAAAAACAAAAUUUGUAAAAAAAAAAGUAAAACACAGAGCACACACAACAAAAAAAAAAAACUGAGAACAAAUCCUGUGGGUAGAGGAAAAAUCUUUUAACGUGAAAAAAAUUUUACUGAAUGUCAGCAACAAUGGAAAAAAAUUUGUCUGCUGUAAUGUAAGAGAAGCUCUAGUCUUUUAAUCAAACACAGUCCACAAGAGGAAAGUUUCUAUCAUUAUAAGAAAUGUCUAACAGUGUUAAUGCAGAAUGUUUCCAGAUAUUGUAAGAAUCAGUGUGGUGGUGUGUGUAAUCAGAGCUCAGAAAGAAAUGUAUUAGUGUUAUAAUCUCACACCUUUAGUGAGCCCAGAUCACCAGUUGCAGAGAAGUUAUUUUAGAGAAUGUAGGGAAAACUUAAACCCUUCUCUUACUUUGUCAUUCACUCUGAUAAUUGGCAUACUACUUAUCUCCUGACAGCUGGAGAGUUCUACUUUAUGCUAAUUCUAGCUAUUAAAUUCCCUGCUUGUGAACAUGCUAUGCUAUUUUGGUAUUAAACUUGUUAACUACAAAACUCUAGUGCCCCGUUUUCUGAAAGAUUUUUUUUUUUUUUUUGGCCAAGUUUUGUUCUUCCUAGUGAGCACAAGUUUUCAAGUUUCUGUGAUGUUCAUAGCAAACAUGAAUUUGUUUUGCUCUAAAUAAUGCAGCCCAUCCAUAAACUUUAGAGGUCUGAAAUUAUUUCAACACUACCAUUUAAUUGCAGCUUCUGAAUAUAUGAAAUAAUUGUUUUAAAUUCCAUGUUAAAGUAUGAAGAUUACUACUAUGUUUAUCCUGUCAUCUAUAGAUUGAACAAAAUAUUAGCUAAAGUAAUAACCUUCAUGACUAAUUCAUAUAACAUAUUCUGUUUACAAGUAAAAAGAUCUUUUUUUAAUGGCAACAUUCAUCAGAUUUUGUUUUCUUUGUUGACUUCUGACAUACAUACUAAUAAUAGGCUAUGUAUACUUGAUAUUUUCAACUGAAAAACAGUUUUUUAAAAGUAAGAAAACCUGUCUUUCUGGUAUUAACCAUUUGUUAAAAUUCUGCUACUGUCAUUUACUUUGACUAUCCCCCAUAAUUAUCCAAUUAAUAUUUUAAUACACAUUGUUAAAUUA